CUUGUUUCUUUGUUUUUUUCAGGAGAGGGUACAAAUUAACCAGAUUCUUUCAAAUGCUCUGGAGUGGGGUGUGAAAAUUUUCUACAUAAACGAUGUAAUGGCAUAUGUUCAGAAAAAAAAAAAGAUUGCUAGAAGCCAGUGUUCUGCUACCACCGCUGUCAAAGUCAAAACAGAACCAGCAGCAAAGCACAGCUCUCAGAAAUUCAAAGGGGUGAGGAUCAGCAAACCCUUUGUCAAGGUUGAGGAUUCAAGCAGACAGUACCGUCCAAUCUACCUUAAUAUGCCAAACAUGCCUGAGUUCAACUUGAAGACUGUUCCUCCCUUUACUCCCUUUUGUGUCGAUGACAAGGAUCCUUCAGGGAACAAACGGCGAGGAUACAGAGAUGUGAAAGGUUCAGCCAGUGAGGAGAGAGCACAUGGUAGGAAGAGGAACAGAGACAGGGAACGAAGCGGCUACUGCGAGUGCUGUAUGAUCAAAUAUGAAAAUCUGACCAUGCAUCUGAAGAGUGAGCGUCACAAGGUGUUCUCCAAAAGUGAUAAUUACUUUGUAGUGGACAGACUGGUUUCAACUCUGCCGUGCAGCUUUGUGCACAUCAAAACUGCAGUUAAAAGACCAAAGUGCAGCGUUUCUUCUGUUGUCGUUGCUACUGGACCAUGUGGGAAAACCAAGCCCAGGCACAAGAGAGAUCUUGAUACCACAGAGACUCUUGAACAGGAGCUGCAAUGGGCUGUUGAUCGGCAUCAAGGCAAUUAUUCAGGACACACUUCAGCUCCUUGUUCUAUGCUGCUUAUUCACAGAGAGGGUGAUUGGAAGAGCUCUUACUCGGACACAUCCAAAAACAAAUCUCUUGUGUGUAAACGGCUGUGCAGACAGAAUUCCUUGACUUCUAGCUCUCUAAAAGCUGAGCAGGCUCAAAUUCCUCAGCUGAAGAAAGAAACGGCCCCCUCUAAAGGUGAAUGUCUUGGCUCUGUUCCUUCCAGGGUUACUCAGGUCGACGCAGAGGACCAAAUAUCUCACAAAGACACGAAAGGCUCAGCCAUACUUUUUGGUAAUAUGAAUGGUGUUUCCUCAAAAGAAGAGGAUAAAAACAAGGAUUUGUUACUGUUUGAAGCUGAUCAGGAUAGAAACGUAUUCCCAGAGAAGAAUACUGGAAACAAUCGCUCAGAAAAUGAAGAGGGAAGCUUUCCAGCACAAAGCUUUUCUCCGGUUCAGAAAAUACGGAGGAAGGUCAAGGUUUAUAAACGCAUAAGGCGGAAAGUGGACACACACUUUAUGCAUGUAAAGCCAAGUGACGAUCUGGAUUCCUCCAUAUUGAAGCUCUGGGAGCUUUUCCAGUCUAGUGAUGAGGACAUGGAGUUUCAUGGGUUUGAUAACUAGGAAUAGACAAAUGAACUGAAGGGAUUAUCUGCACUAUUUCCUGUUCCAGUACUAGAAACAUUCUACUUCGUGUUACGAACAAUACAAACCAACAGAAGGCAGAAUGAGCUACACAGGCUUGUUUUGGUCAGGAGAGACUAAUGCAAAGAGGGGGAAACCUCUUUAUUUUAUCUUGUAAAAGGCAACUGCUGAUGUGCUGCAGCAUUUUGUUUACAACAUAGUGUAAUAUAUGAGGUACAACAUCACCUCAGCAUUAUAGUUUACAGUGGAUCUAACAUUUUUACUUUAUCAAAUUUUUGCAGCAUGCUAUGUGCCAAAUGUCAUAUAGAUUCCAAACACAACACAGACUGCCAGUGUGAACUGGAAAUUGAAGAAAUGCACAGCUAAAAUAUUCCCACGAUUAAAAUUUUAUCUAAAAUGUAGGAAAUUAAGUGACAGUGAAAUACCAUAUUUAUACCAUAUUCUCAGUCUCAAAACAAGAACAUUUCAGCGGCUCUUCUUAUGUUUUAUCUAAACCUCCUAAGUGGGAAAUAAAUAAUAUAAAGUUUUUUAACUUGAUUCACUUUAUCAGUUUACUUUAUGAAAAGAGUAGGUUAUUAAACAUUUCACUGUAGACUGAUAUAUCCACUAUUUAACCUGAGCAAAAUGCCACCUAUGUUUAUGUGUGACCUUUGUUUUACAUGUUGCUGUACAGAGGAAUUACUAAACCUACUUCUAAAAAGUGUGUGCAAAUUCAGUGUUGACACCUUUUUAGAGCAACUAGAAAAUCUUAUUUAAUAUUUGUGUAUAAAUGAAUUUUACUACAUGCAGUGUUUCCCCUUGAUACUGAAUGUCAAUAUACAGGAGUGUCAGAGGGACAAUGAGCUUAAAUGAUAAUCUUUUACAUUGAAGAAAUAGGACUUGGAUCUUCUCCAACAUGGGAAGUGAUUUUAUGUUUUAUUUAUUUAAGUGUUGAUGUGCUUUAGUUUGGAUGUGUAACAUUUUAGGAUAUCUCCUAUCUGCACUUCUCAUUACUUUUUCUGAUGCAUUAUCUCAGCUUCUCCCUUUUCCCUGCAUUUAGUGCAUUAGCAUAGUGCCCUUGUUCUCUUUCACUGCUGUCGGUGGAUGCUCAGUCAAAUGGAAGUCUUUGUGCCACUGACAUUAAGGAGAAACAUGAGGAACAAGCGGAGUGGUUCUGCAAAUCUAACAAUUAAUGCAGACAUUAUUGGCAGGUUACAAAUUAUAGCCUGCUCCCACUGGGCUUUCUGAUUAACUGUACCUGCCUCGUGCGCACGGUUGUAUACCUGCCAUUCCUUAAACUAAGAACAUGCAUGUUAAA